AUGUCAAUAGUGAAGCCAAAGAUGGCGUCGCAGGAACCGACCCCUCAAGCACCUUCGGCGACUUUGGGAGAGAUUUCGCCUCAUUUUGACGAACUAUUGCGAGAUGUUACCGAUGCACUAACUGCUGAAGAACUCAAAGAUGUUGUUGCAUCCAUAAAGAACACCCUAGAAGUAAAUUCUCAGGCUAAAACAGACCAAGAUUUGUAUUCCCAUCUCCGACUGUUUGCAACUCAAAAAAUUUUGUCUGAGGAAAAUUUAACCUUGCUGGAGAGAUUUGUCGCUUGUAAAUCAUCAAAGAAGGAGGGUAUCACAAAGAGAAUCGAAAAAUUCAAGAAAAACCAUCUCCAGAGCGGUGAGCCAAAGAUAUCAGGACAAGCAAUAAAAGGUAGAGACCUCGAUUUGAAUUUAAUCAUGGCCAAACUGACCGGAGCGAAGGAAAUCGUCAAUUUAUAUGGCUCCGGUGGUGUGGGAAAGACAACCCUGGGAAAAGAAAUUUCUCUGCGGUGGCCAGGACAGUCCAUCUUUGUCGACAUGAGGGAGGUUGCGGAGAUGAAAGACGUUUACUUUCAAAUUAUGAUGGCACUGGACACGAAAAGGACAGUUUUAACUUACGACGAAAAUCCAGUCAUCAACCAACUUCGAAAACUGAGGAAGGAAAGUCCAGACGAUGUUUUGUUACUCCUGGACAAUGUGGAUCAGUUUUCUGGUGGAAAUGGCGAUCUUUUGAAGACCCUGAACGAUAAGAUGGUUAAACUGCUACAAACGCUUAUCAAAGACAAAGAUAGGAACGCGAAGGACGAUGAGGGAAUUGCUAGAUUGAAAGUAGCUUUGAUAUCCAGGACACGUUUCCAAGGGCUUACCCCCUGCGAAAGCGACUGCUAUGAAGUGAAAGCUUUAGAGAAAGGGUUCUCGCAAGAGUUGAUUCUUCAAAAGGCAGGAGAAUUAUCUGUCUUACAGAUGGGAAAAAUUGAGAAAAUUGUGGACAUGUGUAAAGGGUACCCACUUCUUCUAAAUGGCAUGGCGGCCACUCUUCGGCAAAAGAUAGCAGCUGGUGAGAAGUUUCUUAGAAUGGUUGAAGACGAACUGACGACAUCGGAGACUGACGAAGGUGAAACUUUCCUCUCACCAGUACAGAAUCAGCAGGAAAGAGAAGCGUGGCAAAGUCUCAGUAAGGAGAUUGGUGAAGGAAAGCUCUCUUGUCUAAGAAAGAUGUUCUUUUUCCUUCCAACCAUCAACCUUAGAUCAUCCGCCGUGGCAUUAUCGCUGUUUUGCUAUCCAUUCUCUGAGGAAGCCGCUGCUUCUGUCCUUGGUGUAGAGUCUUCUGAAGCAGUCAUUGUACUAGAAGGUUUGAGAAGUAGCGAGGUGUUAUCAGUGGAUCCUGAUGUAAAGGAGCUCCUUUAUGAUAUUCAUCCCUUGAUGCGUAGCUUCCUGAGAAGUAUUGGAAAUACCGGUAGUCCAGUAUUCAGAAAAGCCUACGACGCAGCCAAAGAUAGGUUCCGCGAGCUUUACUUUUCAAAAAUGAUCUCUAUCGCGGCAUUGCUGGAUAAAGACUACGUAAGUGCAUUCGAGUAUUUUGACCAUGACAAGCUUAAUUUUGAGUUUGCUCUAAACCUCCCCUUCAAAGCGGACAAUUUUCAUGGUUUGAAAGAACAUCAUGAGAGGGCCAUGAUCUACUACCUUUUUGAAGCAAUGCUUGAAAACAAACAGAGAAGGAAGAUUUUUAAAUCGUGGACAGAAGCAACGGAAGAGGACGGAAGAGAAGGUGGGAAGAAUUUUUUGUUUGAUUAAUAUCUACUUCCAUUUUUGCCUCAUAUGCUAUUAAUUCUCUUGCACUUGACUGGCACGAUAGCUAACAGAAUAAUCUAGUGUGAGCAAUGAUUACUUCUUGAUUACUUAGAACUGUAAAGACUUGACCUGGGUAUAGCUUUUCCCAGAUGUAGGGCAUGAGUGUGCAAUGGAAGUAUUCCUUGCAGCAAGUUUUAUUAGCCUCCUACAUUUGGGAUACUAGUUUGAUUGCUGUAUUUUCACAGAUGAGAUGUCCGAAGAAAGAACUAGUUACUGUUGGUUGUAGAGAGAAAUUUUUUUAAGAGGCUGAUUUUUAUUAAUUGCACUUUCCAGGUUCCAUCUUUCGCAUGGAAGUGAGAUCCCACGAGGCAAUGCAAGCUCUUGAAAUCUAUGGAUGGAAGAGGGCAACUGAAAUCUUGAAACUCGCAGAGGAGUCCUCUCUGAAAGUAGAUAAGGAGAUAAAGAACCAAGAUCCUUACAAAUUUGCUUUUGCUACUUACCUGUACGUCAAAGGCGAGAUUUCUUACAAAAAAGGAAGUGUACAGGAAGCGCUCAGAAGUUUGCGUUUUUCACUUGAUUUGAUGGAAGACCUCGUCGGAAACCACACAAGUACCACGAAAUGUUUAAAUGCGAUUGGAAACUGCUACAAUGAGCUUCGAAACUUUCACGAUGCGAUGAAAUUUUACACAAGGGCUUAUGAAAUGAGAAAAGCUCUUUCAGCUUCAAAUAACCAUCUGGAUUUGCCAUUUUUUAUCGGCCAGAGAGGUACGGUUUACGAAAUGCAAAAAGAAUAUGACAAGGCCAUCACGUGUUACGAAGAAGCUCUGAAACUUUCCAAGCAACUAAAACGCUCGGGAAUCUUGCGCUUGGCACUUUAUCACAGAAACAUCGCCAACGCUUACGCAUGGAAAAAUGAAUUUGAGAAAGCUUACAAGUCAGCAAUGGAUGCAUUAGAGAUAAGACGAGACAUAUUAGGUGACCAUCCCGACACGGCGAGGAGUGCAUUUCAGGUAGGACAGAUCUGCAGAAAUUUAGACCAAUUGGGCGAAGCUGAAGAAUUCUUAGAAGAGGCAUGGAGAAUUGAGAAAUCCUUGGAGAUGGGAAACCACAGUGCAGUGAGAGAUCGCAUUGUACAGAGCUACGAGAAAGUCCUUGAGAACGGCAGGCUAAACGAGUUCCAGAAAGAGGCCUUGGAAUUUUAUGAAAGGCUGUGGCAAGAAGACAAAGAAUUUUCCUACGCUAAGAAGAGCAUCAUCGAUCAGAUCAUCGAGCGGCUCAAUGGGUCUGAAGACCAAAAAAUGAUAAGCAAAUACACGAAGGAGGCUCUGGAGUUUUAUGUAAUGGCUUGGAAUUCGCCAGAUCUGCAGCAACUCCCUCGAAACCAGCGUGAAGAAAUCUUGCAAAUUAUUUUGUACUUAAGUAAAGUACUUCGUGAGAAGGAACUUCACAAGAAAUUCCAAGGCGAGAAAUUUGAAUUCUUUGAAAAGCAAUGGGAAGAGAGAACUGUCAUGUCUGCUCAGGACCAAAAAGACAUUCUUUGUACUCUUCAAGGCUUAGCCACACAACUGGGUGAUGAAGGAAAGAGUGAGAAAUACCAGAAACUAUACGAGGUUAGGAAUGAGGAGUCUUAUGUAUUUAGGAAGUGAACAAAGAUGCAUGUAAGCCAUUAACGGAUACGUCUUCCAAAGAUAUCAAAACUAGUUAUUCACGUACUACUUUUAAAAAGUACAGUAGGAUUCCUUAAGCAACUGACUCUCUAAUAAGACAGGAGUGUAAUCUGGUAAUUGUGUGCACGACUCCUCCAUUUCCAUGUGGUUUUAGGUGUAGUGUGACCUUUAUGAUUGGCGGCUUAAAGUUUCCAAGUUCGCAGCUGGUCUUAUUGUGAAUAAGAAAUGAGCGUGCACAAGAUAUCACCUUGAUCUGAUGGUCAAAUGCUUGCACCAAUCUGAGCCUUGUGUUUGACCUCUAUCAAAAUUAAUGUUGACACGAAUUUGUUUUUAAAUUCACCAUUGCAGGAAUGCGAGAAAGGGAAAAAUUCUCAACCGUCUAUGCAGUUGAAGAUUGUUCCAGGUACGUCAAUGAAAGCACAGUUUUCCAUUGGAUUAGCUGGUGGAUGUAAAAGAUUGGGUUGAAUCUUCUUUUGGACCGAAUGAACAUUAACAACUUAUAUUUGACUUAAAGGAUCGGCGUCGAAGCCGAGUAGCAUCUCAUAUGGUGUUGACCACCCUGCAGCAAUUCCUGAAAAGUCUGCUAGAGAAGAAGAGCAUUCAAUUCGGGGAGAAAACACAAGUAUUGUGUUCCAGAAAAAGAGAGAGAAAACGUAAGUUCAACCUUGGCUCAUCUUUUAAAAAUGCUAAGAUCUCAUUAGCAAUUCUCCUUACUCUCUGGCAUGCAGUUCUUAUGAUGUUAGUUCUGAGAAUUUGGUACUGAAUCAAAUAAUAAUUCCCCGACUGAUAUUUUUCUUUGUUCUCAUCACUUGUCUGUUUGAUACUGUAUUGAUGUAGCAAGGAGAAAUUCUGUCCUGGUCGCCCAUGGGAGUUAAAGGGUAAAAGACAACUGUAUCUCAGUUAGAAUACAAGAGUUUUUAGUUAACUUAAUGUCUUGCUGCAAUGGGCCUCAGCUUGCAUCUAUCGCUACGAUUACAUAUAUUUCAAACGGUUUAAUCCCCGCAUUCCAAACGUAUAUUUUAGGUACACUGAAAGCAAGCACACGGCUGUAAGCACUGUGGAAGAAUCAUCCGCUGACCGCCAGUUACCUGCGAAACAGGUAAGUAUCUUAGUUCACUUUGCUACUGCGACUGUUACACACAAAAAAAAGACUAGAAAUAUUUGAGAUAUUUCAGCAGUAAAAGUGACAAUUUAUACUAAACAUGGCCACUUUUGUUGAAGAGAAUCGUACUCUUCGUUCCCAUUCUUUCAUUCCCGGUUAUUUAGAUACAGGUCUAAUUUCCUAUGAAAAUGGAUAAACUAAGGAGAAUCUUAAUCCAUGAUAGUAACUAAUAAUUUCCUUACGCGUUCAUAAAGGUCGUAGUCCAAGUGUGUCUGCUUUCUUGUUUUUUUACCACGUUUACUUUGGUAAUUGAAUCAAUGAUUUUUGUAAUUUUUUUAGAAAGAGGAAGAAACAGCUGUGCAUACUGCGAGUGAUUUGCUCAAGGAAAAAGGUGAGGGUUGCCCAAAAUUUCUUUUCGAUCGAUCAAUUUACUCUUUGUACGUUCUGCAAUCCGGUAGUGUGAUCCCGACGAGGAAAGUUAUUAAAUGUCUAAAUAAAUAAUUAUUAUAAUUAAUAAUAAAUGGGGAGUCCUGAAGGGAAUCUCUUAGUGACUUUCAACAAGAUAAGCGAGACCAGCCACUCGUUAAAAAAAUUCAAACUUUGAUUUCUUAAAGACUAAUUUAUCUGUUUUAGCGUGUUUUAUAUUGGAAUAACUGAUUAAACGACGAAACACGCUUUUCUACGCAAUAUAAAACUUAAUUUAUUUUUAUACGGAUUUAGACCUCUCCACGUCACAGGGUGAUUUUCCAAACAACCCUAAGGAUAUUCAAGGAAGGGAAAAUAGUAAAAGAGGAUCUGGGAUCAUCACCAGCAAAGGUGGCAAAGUCACAGCAAAUGAUGUACAGCUCUUAUGCCCGUCCGGAGCUGUUGACAAUCCAGUGUCGGUGAAGAUAACUUUGGAGGACCCUGAAAGGUACUAUGGCUUAGUGGUGCAAAGAGGGCUUGAAAAUGACAUCAUAUUUGGCGCACCAGUAAUCAAUCUCUUGCCGAACGGCCAUUUGUUUAAGAAGCCAAUAACACUAACAUCUAAGGUUAAGAUCAGUCAAAGAGGUUCUAAUUUUCAUGAUGUUCUGGUGUUACAUGGGACCGAGGCCAAGGAUGGAACGAUUUCCUGGCGGGACAUUACCCAAAAUACCACUAUAAAUGUUCCAGAAGAUGCAGUGGUCACUAACCUCGACCGAUUCUCCAAAAUUGCUUACCUGCUGACAUUGACUCGGAUGAGUGCCAAAGAGAUUGUGUCACGACUCAAUCUGAUGCCAUUUAAGUACUCAGUAUCAGCUUUCUUCAGAAAGAGUCCCACAGAGCUUGCUUUAGCAUUCAUGAGUGAAGACAUCUUCCACGAACCAUGCUACAAAGAACACGAAUCCUCUGCCUUCGUGCAACUGAAAAAUGACGGAUACCAACUGCUGAGCGCGCGUUCCAGUGGCGAGCAUUCCGAGAAGAGUAUAUAUAACUGUGAACAACUUCAAAUCUCUGUUGAUCUCGCGGAAGACUACCAGGUGCGUGGCAAGCAGACGGCAUGUGUUACUGUAGAAACUCCUGUCUGGUGGAGUACUGGAGAAAAAAUCAAAUUCCCACUGCGGGCAAUCAAUGAUCACGGGAUAUUAUCCGGAAGAAUAAAAGUACAAGGUCAAUAUGGGCACUUCAAGGAGUGCCAGUUCACCGAAGAAGGUUGGUGUACAUGAUAAAAUGAUGGUAAUUAGGGUAACGAAAUUAUAUCAAUAUGAUCAGCCCUCUUUCGAUCCCCUGCUUCUUUCUUCAAUCUCAACAAUGUUUUGGUUUUUGAGAAGUCGUAAGUCUUCGGUAUUUCAAAUAUAAUAGCCAGAUAAACUGCCCUUUAGCGGAUUAACGUUAAGAAAAUUUUCCAUCGGAUGAUGGCUGGAUAGAGUGGUCAUUCUUUCGAACCCAAGGCGUGUAUAACAUACUUCUUAAAUUAAAGACAUUGCCACCUUUCAUACUGAUACCUCUCCCGGUAAAUGGCUCUUGUCAGGUGCGCGACUGAUUCUGUAGAUUCACAGUGAUCUGAAACCCUCUCGUUACAAUUCCAAGUCCCGUGCUUUCGCGACUCCAAGGGUAGGUUUUGCAUCUUCGAAUAGGAGUUGCAAAGCUUGACCUUGGAUUUGAGCCAAAAAGAGAUCAAUCUAUGGAAAGCAAACUCAGACGCUGUGAGAGUGAAAGCCUCGUAAGCCACGAAAAGAAAAAGCAAAAUAUCGGAGUUGAUGUGUUAAUUGAACUUGUUUUACGUCUACACCUGUUUACAGAUCUACUUGGCUAUGUCAAACGGUUGUUGGGGGUUGAGGAAGAAAUUUUCAACCUUAUUCCCGUUCUAGCCCAAAAGCUUCAGAUUCCCGACGCCGAUGUUGUUUCUAAGGACGUCGUCCAGCAUUGGGAAGAUGAGGACGUCCAAUUAGAGAUACUCUUACAACCCUGGAUUGGGACUGAGUCAGCUAAUGCUAUGGCUAAUUUGAAAACACUUCUAUCGGAUUUAAAGGAGGAAGGUAAGUUAAGGGACUUUAAACAUUCUUCCCAUGUGCGUUCAAAUAAUAAGUAAAAUACUUCAAGAGCCAUGCACUUGAUCACGCAUGGAACGUCACCGUCGUGUUCUCUGCAUCAUACUCUUAAAAUUGAUUUGCCAGCUUUGCGAAUUCUUCAAAAUGACAGAGUUCACCUGGUCAUUACAGGGGGAAAAUCUAAAGCAAAAUUAGUAAAAUAAAUGGAACAAAAACAAGCCAUGAGUUUGUCACAAAAGGUUCAAGGUCCGUUGAGCAUUAGCUCAGUGAUAGCUAAACAACCUCUUCUAAACAACAUAAAAAUUCCAUAAAUCCCCAUAUUAAGCUUCAGUUCUUGAGGCUUCUCAUCCAUCAUCUCAAUUUGACAUAAAUCUUUAUCUUUUUUUUUGGCAUUUGCAUUUCGUCUAGACUAUAAAGUGACAAAAAGAGGUCAAAUGCACAUUAGAAACUUGAGAGAGCUUGCAGCGAAGAUCGCGGAAUUACAAGUCCACGAUGCUAGUUUGAUGAAGUUUUUCAUCGGAAAAAUCCAAACUCUUUGCAAAGCAAUGGUGAGAGAUUGUUGCAUUCAAGUAGAGAAUUCAAGUAAAGACAUCGAUAGAGCAUCGUCAUCCGAUAACUGUGCAAAGCACCUUGAACUUCGACAAAAGAUUACCAAAAGAACAGCUAUAAAGUACCAACGAUUGAUCUCAUUGAAUGAUGAAUCAGUCGUGAAAAUGUUUACUGAGAUUGUUCCUGAUCUCAUUCAAGACGUGAAAGCCAUAUUUUGCGUGAAUAUAAUUCCUCCUGCACUAAAUGGUCUAAGAGGAAUAGACGAGAAAACUCUGGAGCCAAUGGAGUCCAACGUUCGAGAAUCUCAAGAAAAUAACAAAAUCAGAAAGCUUGUUUGUCAUGUCUGCAAGAUUGUGGAAAAGCUUUGCGAGAUAAACUGUAACAGCAACAACCCACCUGAACGGAUUCGAAAGUUGGGCCAAAGUCUAGCGAUUCUACCCAUGCUGGACUUAUUACAGUCAUUUUUCUUAGAAUGUGCAGAGGAAAUUCGGUUGCACAAACGGUUGGAAUUGCUCUCGGUUUGCAUAAGAGAUAUAAUGUCCGAUGAAAUAGAAGUCGACGAGGCGAUUAUGCGUGAUUUUUUUGACCUCUCGGCUAGUCUAAUACAAUUUGCGAGAUUUGAUCCAGCCAGAAUGGUGACAUUCGAGCUGAGUGACUCGAACGAUUCAUCUGUACAGUACCGAAGGGGAAGCCUAACGUACAUAAAGGAAAGUGACACGUACUAUCAGGAAUUCUUCGUUGAAAAAGAAACGGGACAAGAUCUGCUGCUCAAUGCAGUCGCAACCAUCAAUGUUGAAGGAAGAGUUCUCAAAAUAGGUACCGGCGCAUUCAAGUCAAUUAUCAUACUUCCGGCAUCUGUGGAGGAAACGUUCGACCAAUGCUGUACUUCAUUUAGUUCUAUAGCUACUGUUCGCGUGAGGAAGCUGAAGGAUCAGAACUCCUCCAACAUUAGAGUGAUUCUUUCUUCUACAGUGGAGAAGAUCCUAUCAGGGUUGCUCGCUGCGCUCAAACAAGAACUAAAGGAUGAAGUGGAUUGGAAAGGGUCAGAGGUUGUCCCUUGCAAACUCACGAUGAGCACCCCUGCUACAGAACCUCCAAAAACGAGUGUUUAUCUUCGCUUGGUUUACAAAUGGAAAUCCGCGGCACUUUGUCUUGAAAGUCAAGACUUUUUCACUGAUGCUCCCUUGAAUACCGACAGCACUUGUGGUAAGUAUUCCUCGUAGCUCAGAAAUUUUUUUUUUAAGUUCUACAAACACUUAUCAGGAGUGCAUGUCACCCCCUUUAAUUCCACGAUCGAGUGAUUCUGUGAAUUGAAUGAAGCAACUUAGCAUUCCUUGGGUGUCUUUGCGAUGCGACCUGACCUCAGAGCAUAAUUUCUGUUGCUGUCCUCGUGAUAAUUAUGUUCUUUAAUUUUUCUCCAGGAAUGGGUGUUUUGAUAGAUGGACAAGCGGCUCUUGCAUCAUUUACUGAACAUAAUAUCGUGCAGUUUUCAGCUGAACAGCGGUCGCAGAUACAAGUUCCUUUGCAAAUUAAAAUAGGUAAUGUAGCAGUGGAAACAUAGUUUUAACUUUCCUGGGGUUUCAAUGCUGCAGAAUCAUUGUGACAUACCCCAAGGGGUGAAGUCUAUGGAUUUUCCGUUUUAAGGAGGCCAAAUGUCUCCUCAGGAGUUCUUUUAUCAUAUGUAAGAUUCCAUCGCAAUUUUAUAGAUAGGAAUUGAUGAAAAGACUAACCCCCUUUAGGAAGACUCCCCUCUUGCGUUAUACGACUUCUCAGCUUUUCUCUUUUUCUGUUCCUCGCAAUUCUUUCAGAGCAUCAUCAACACGUUCAUCAAGUACAAAACAUCCAAGACGUAAACAUAACCACUGAAUGCUGCGCAGUCGGAGACCAGGCUUCCUUUUCCAUUCAGAAACCAUCAACUAGCCCAGGGUUUGUACUGUCUGUUACCUGCUUAGAGUGACAUUUGACGGUUAAGGGGUCAGCAAUAUUUUAAAGGUUUCUUGGUUGCGCAGCUCUGAAACACACUCAAUCUUCGGGGGCCGAGAACCGUGAAAUCUUUAUAAUCUAAGCGAGAUGUCCUUGGUUAGGACAAAAAAAAACUGGGCAAAUAAGUCAUAUCCAAUUGCUGCUUCACUCUUACCCUGUGACGAGGAAGUUUCCAAUAGUUUCAUGAGACCUAAGGCGAGGAAACGAUCAACUGAUCAGAUGUAAAAGAUAAAAAGAUAAAAAGAUAAAAGGUGUAUCUACUGUACCUCAUUGGAAAUGGGGGAUAACAUGAGUGCCCAAGUCAAUGGAGGGUGGUGAAUCACUUCGCAAUUGGGGUUUAGUAGAACUCCGAAGUUUCUCUCAUUGAACGUUCGACACUUAUCGAGAAUUCCCUAAGUCUUGUUCUCGUUCACUUUCAGUGCACUUCCACCAGGUCCGAGUACAGCUACACAGAGAAGCAUAACUGACAGCUCGCAGUACAUAGGCACAAACUCUUCUGGAGAAUAAAAAAUACCCGCUGUAGGAAAGAACUCAUAGUCUGGAAUUCAAUUCUCACGUUUUUAUGAUUAAUAACACUUCAAUCUUUAUUUCUCUGCAUUUUGAAACUAAACGGAUUUUAAGGUAGCGUCUUUAAUGUUCGGACAUUAUUCUUUAUUGCUAGAAUAUUACCAAACUGUAAUCAUAAGUGAUUGUUUUUGUUUUGUUCUUUUGUUUAUUUUUGAGUGGAGAGAAUUUAAAAAUAAUAUCUAAUUCCUCUCUCCUCUUCUUGCCGAAUGCAACAGAACUAUUCACGCAUAACUUUUUAACAGCAUCUCAGAGAAGGCCCUUAACCUUUUACCUCCCAUGAGUGACCAAGAGAGAAUUUCUCCUUACAAUAUCAAUACAAUAUCGAGCAUAGAAGUGACGAGAAUAAAGAAAGAUAUCAAUUCGGGGAUUAUUAGUUGAUCAAAUACCAAAUUCUCCAAGUUGACAUCAUAAGAAUUGUAUGACAGACAUUAAGGAGAAUUACUAAUGAGAUCUUGGGAGUUAAAGGGUUAAGGUCUGUGUAGGUUUUCCACGUAAGAACAAUUGCGAAAUAGUGAGGACUCCUCUUAGACUUUCUUAAACAC